CACUGGCAAGAGUUUUCAGGCACAGCUGUUCCUCCUCAAAGACUGCUCAUCUACAAACGCUGAAAGGAAGUCAUUGUCAGAGUGUUAGUGGUGUGACGAGUUGGAAAAGUGUCGAAGGGUCGGAUUAUAAAAUAAAAUCAUGAAAUCUGUACUGAUCACAGGUUGUAACAGGGGGAUUGGACUGGGUCUCGUGAAGCAUUUGGUCGCCUUACAAUCGCCGCCGAAGAAUAUUUUCGCUACUUGUCGAAAUCCUAACCAAGCUCAGGAGUUGAAGCAAAUUGCUGAGAACAAUCAGAAUGUUCACAUCAUUCAAAUUGAUUUAAGAAACACUGGAGACUAUGAUGAGAUUUUCAAUUAUGUUAAAGAGAAGGUCUCAGGGGAAGGCUUGAAUGUUUUAAUAAACAGUGCUGGUAUAUCUUCCAAGUUCACAAGGAUUGGGAUGGUGAAGCAAACUGACUUGGAAGACCAUUUCCUUAUCAACACAAUAGCACCAAUCAUGUUAACACAAAAACUUGUUCCAUUAUUAAAAGAAGCCUCAGCGAAGAACAGUGACAAACCAGUGGGGACUAGUCGAGCAGCGAUCAUCAAUAUUAGUUCAGUUUUGGGUGGAAUGGGAGCGAAUACUGAGGGAGGUUUCUACCCAUAUCGUACGAGCAAGGCCGCUCUCAACGCAGCAACUAAGUCAAUGAGUGUUGACUUGAAGUCUGAUAAGAUACUUGCAUUGGCUCUCCACCCUGGAUGGUUGAAAACUGCAAUGGGAGGGCCUAAUGCACCUCUUACAGUCGAUGCUGCAAUGCCAGUUUUAAUCAGUUUCCUUCAAAAACUGGAUGAGACGCACAAUGGGGGAUUUUAUUCUUAUGAAGGGAAAAAAAUGCUUUGGUAAAGAAAUCACUCUCUUAAAAAAUCAAAGGCUUUUUAUGUUGGCUUUCAUGGUGAAAUUGAAACAUCAGAAAUUACUCAGGAACCGGCUGCGAUCGAAGUUUGAAUCACACUAGGUAGUUUAUUUUUGAGAAUUUAUUUAUAAGUUAUUUUUCCUAAGCAGUUGUCAGUUGGUUUGUGAGUCUCAAAGAUACUAAUAUUCACCGAAGGUUAUAGUAUUCAUUUUACAGAGGUAUUGGUCACUUUAAGAAAAAUUAGGACAUCCAUGAUGGAGAGUGGAUGAGCCAGAUGCAGCAUGUACAUAGUUCCUUAUUGCAAAAUGAGGUAUAAUUGACCGGAAAACUAAUUGCACAUGAAUUCUUUGCCUCGAUUGAACUUCAUUUUGCAACGAGGGACUACAAUUUUAGACUCAUCCACAAAAGCACCUAUCUGCAUGGAAAAACACAUGAAACAUGCGUUGUUUCUAAAAUGAGCCAGAAGUAGCGGUCCCUUGUUGCAAAAUGUGGCCCAAUUAAAUUUCUAACAAAAAUCGAAGCAAGCUACUUAUUAUCAUAGAAAGCCUCACAACUUUGCACGAACAAAACUUAAUUGAAAAUUCUCACAGUCAAGUAUGGCAUUAAGGCAUGGUCCAUACACGUAAACGUGGAUAUGAAACCAUUUAAGAGGUAUCGCACUGCGUGAAGUAGAGGUCUCUUAAAAUCAGACUCAAAAUGUCAAGCUUUCUCAAUCAUUGAUUUAUUGUAAAAUCUUAGUGCUCAGUUGGUCCGCUUUCACUAGCACAGCUUUAUUAGAUUUAAUUGAUUUUCUGCCUUACUGUACUGUUUAUCAGGAAUUGUGAAAAUUUCUUGGAUCCAUCACAGGCUUUUUUUUGUUUUUUAGACUUUUUUAAAAAUAAAUUUGGAGUCAUUGCCACUUUA